ACAUUGAUCAGACCAUUUUGUCACAAUAGAUUCGAAUAGUAUUGUUUUUGAAUGAAUGAAUCAUUCGAAUGUGGCAAAAACAAAAUCAUGGAAUCAACAAAUGUUGAUCAUCUUUUUCGUAAUUAUUUAGUUUCCGAUGUAAUUUUGGUACAACAAAAGCUAAAAAAUGAUGUAGAGAAAAAACAGAAUGAUUUAAAACAACUGAUUGGUGAACGAUACAAUGAAUUAUUUCGUGCUACCGAUUCAUUCGGUAAUAUGAAUAGCUCCAUCAAUCAAUUGAUUGGUUCGUUGAAAAAGUUAUCGACAACUGUCCUGGAUAAUAAAGAUGGUCAGCGGCCGGUCAUUGUUGAACAAAAACAUGAAAAAUUUCAGCUAAAUGCAAACUAUUUUGCCAAUGCAACCGUAUGCAAAUUUUUAUUCGAUCUACCAUUGCAAAUAUGGAAUUUUUUACAUCAAGAAAACUUUCUUCUUGCCACUUAUAGUAGUUAUUAUGGUGAUCGUAUUGUACAAUACUUGGCUGAUCAACAAUCAUUUCAAUGUUCAGAUAUUUGUUCGCAACAAUUAUAUUCGAUUCAUAAUCUAAAAUCACAAAUAAUUCGCAAUUGUUGGCAACAGAUUGCCGAUCAAUCAUUGGAGAAUGAGAUUGAUUUGGAUAAAUUUGCUUGUAAAUUUUCAUAUUUGAAAAUAUUGAAAAAUUGUUCAACAAACAAAAUUAUUGAAGAUUUUCUCAACAAUCAAGCCAAUAAUAUUGAUACAAUAAUCAACGAGACAGAUCGAAUUUCCAUAUUGAUUCAACGUAUAUUGAAUAUUACCUGUAAUACGAUAAAAUGUGCAAAAAUAUUUCAUCAUCAAUCGGAUAGUGAUGAACCACAGGAUUGUACUCUCCAAAAUCAUUUAAAAGAAAUUUGCAAGACAAAUCAUGUCAGCGAAUUGAUUCAAGCUAGUCAUGUACAGCGAAUACGAUGGCCUGAAAAGUUAUUAUUUUAUACCAUAAACGAUUCAAUUGCUAUCGAUUUGGAUGAAAAGUUUAUUUUCGAUAAAGCAUCUCUUGUUCAAUGGAUACAAACAAUUAAGACAAGAUUUUAUGAAAAAAUUGAACAAAAAUUCAAAUCUGUUGGAUCGAUUCGUGAGUUAUUCGAAGAAAUAACUUCUGUCGAACAAUGGCUAAUGGAAAAUUCAAAAUUGGAAAAUUUGCCCAUUGUCGAUGUCAAUCAAUCCAUUUGGAACGAAUGGUUUAUGGCUGCAUUCGAAACAAGAGUGUAUGAAAUUACUGAAAUUGAAUUGAAAUACAUUCAAACGACAUUCAUUACAUCAUUACCGAUGAUUGAACAAAAUUUGUUGAAUUGUGAACUGAAUAUUGUUGAAUUUGUUUGGAAAGAACCGAAUCAACCACAACGAAUAAAUGAUUUUAAUGGUCUAGUGCAAAAAACAUGCGACAUGAUCAACCAAAGAUUAUCUAUUUUUUAUGAAGAUAUUAUCAUAUUCAAACGUAGUCAUCAAACCUUUUUGAUUCGAAUUUAUUCUAGUAUUGCUGAAUUUCUUCGUUCACUUCAGAUUCAAAUUGAUUCUGUUAAUGAUAAAAGACAAAAAUCAUUACUACUUUUUUGUGCCGUCCUAUUCCAACGAAUACCAGAUUUAUGUCCAUCAAUAAGUCAAAUAUUCUCAAUCUGUGAUCAACAACAAACGAAUGGCCUUAGUUGGAAACAAAUUUCAUCCGAACUUCGACAGAUGAAUGAAUCUUAUCUACAAAAUCUGUUCGAUCUUACUAUCACUGAACAUUUUAGCCGGAUUGAUCCAACGUCAUUUGUUGAUUUGAGUCAAUUUUUAAAGAAUUUUUCCCUAUGGGAAACAAUUACCAUUUCAAAUGAUCAAGAGGAUCAAUCUAAAACGAUUAUUGAAGUACCAAUACAAUUAUCAUUGGAAACAUAUCAAGUUUUACAUGAUAUUUCUAAUGAUAUUAAUCGAUUUUGUGCUCAUAUGGUCACUAGACAAGUAUUGAUCAAUAUUCUUCAUCUAAUCGGUCGUCAUAUAAUGAAACUUUACGGUGAUGCCUUGAAGCUUUUGGCAAAACUAAUGGAUCCCGUUUUAAAAUCACCAAAACAAAUCAUUUCAAUACAAUUAUAUUUUGAUCUAUUCUUUUUGAAAAAAUUGUUCAUUCAAACCAAACAUGAUGAUCAACUUCGACGUGAAUAUCUUGAACCAAUCAAUGCAUUGAUGGGAAUUGAAUCAAAUAUUGAUCCAUUCGAUAUGCAUCUUAUACAUCCACAUAUAGAAUCGAAUGUUUAUCGAUUGCAAAAAUCCUAUCAGAUUACAUUUGGAUUUUUACUAUUCGAACGAACAAUGAACAAUUCAAAUCCUAAAGAUGUGAAUAGUAGUGGCUUGAAUAAGGAGAAUGUCCAUAAUUUAAUGUUGAUACAUUCCUGUAAUGGAGAAGAUUUUAAAACAAUGUUAUUGAAACAAUGAUAAUUAUAUUUUAUUAUUGGAUGAUUUUUUAAAUUUUUUUUCUUGAAAAGAAACCAAUAUUAUUAUAUUUUUAUGAUUCUUGAAAAGAGAAAGCAAUCAUAACACACACACACA